CGCGAGCGGACGUCUGUGGAGACCGGAGAUCGGAGACCGGAGAUCGGAGAUCGGAGAUCGCCCCAGAUACAAAUACAUAAGGCAAACAGACCGAGAAUCGAUCGAACGUCUGGCGAUCUCGUUUGAAUUCGAAACGCGGGCCAAUCUAGUCUGAUCGGAGAUCUCCACCAGAACUGACGUUGUGCCUCCGUGAAAAAGUUAUAGGCGAUACACAUAUAUAGUCUAGGUGAUAUCCAAACACUUGCACUGGACGAUUAGAGCCGGCCUCUGGGGUGCAAUAGAAAUAGAACGUAAGAAGUCGGAAUAAAAAAUAAACAUCGACCAAGCCGAGCAUACUUAUAACCUGUUUCGAAUCCGUCUAAAUGGACUUCAAAAUGUCCAAAAUGCCAGAGACAACGUUUGCCGACCUGAGUCUGGCUGAUAAGACUGCAGUGAAGAAGUCCAGUAUCGAGGCUCGAAGGUUUUCGGAUGUCUCCACCUGCUCGUUUAGCUCCACCUGUUUCACUGGAAGCUCCGACGAGGAUGAGAUCUCGCCGAAGGACAACCAGCAGCGCAACUCCGCCGGCGGAACUGACUUUUGCGUGAAGAGCAUCUCAAAAAGUGCCUUUGGACGCCGGGAGAUUGAGAUAGCCGAGUCGGAGAUGCCGGGCAUCAUGACACUGCGGAAGAGGGCCAAGGAUGAGAAGCCCCUGAAGGGAGCACAUAUCGUGGGAUGCACCCAUGUGAAUGCCCAGUCAGCAGUGCUGAUCGAGACCCUCGUCCAACUGGGCGCCUCUGUUCGCUGGGCUGCCUGCAACAUUUACUCCACACAAAAUGCAGUGGCUGCCGCUCUGGCAGAUGCGGGUAUCCCCAUCUUUGCGUGGCGUGGCGAGACGGAGGAAGAGUUCUGGUGGUGCCUGGACAGGGCCAUCCAUUUUGAGGGCUGGCAACCGAACCUGAUCUUGGACGAUGGCGGUGAUGCCACGCAUCUGAUGUUGAAGAAGUACCCGGACUACUUUAAGGCCAUUCGGGGCAUCGUAGAAGAGAGUGUGACUGGGGUUCAUCGGUUGUACAUGCUCUCUAAGAGCGGAAAACUUACCGUUCCGGCCAUCAAUGUUAAUGACUCGGUUACGAAGAAUAAGUUUGAUACUUUCUAUACUUGUCGUGACUCGAUUCUUGAUAGCUUGAAGCGCACCACGGACAUCAUGUUCGGUGGAAAGCAGGUGGUCAUCUGUGGCUACGGCGAUGUCGGCAAGGGCUGUGCCCAGAGCCUAAAAGGUCAAGGCUGCAUAGUCUAUAUUACGGAGGUGGAUCCCAUAUGUGCUCUUCAGGCUGCCAUGGAUGGCUUCCGUGUGGUCCGACUCAAUGAAGUGAUAAGGAACGUGGAUGUGGUGGUCACGGCAACGGGUAACAAAAAUGUAAUCACUCGGGACCAUAUGAAUCGCAUGAAGAACGGCAGCAUCCUCUGCAACAUGGGGCAUUCCUGUUCGGAGAUUGAUGUGAAUGGCUUGCACACUCCAGAGCUCACUUGGGAGCGAGUACGUUCCCAAGUAGAUCACAUCAGGUGGCCCGACGGCAGGAUGAUCAUCCUUUUGGCCGAGGGAAGACUGGUAAAUCUAUCCUGCUCCACAAUAUCCUCGUUUGUCGUAUCCGUGGCCUCCUCCACGCAGGCUCUGGCCCUCAUUGAACUCUUUUCAGCACCAGGAAGAUACAAGUCGGAUGUCUAUCUGCUGCCAAAGAAAAUGGAUGAGUAUGUGGCCAGCUUGCAUUUGGCCACCUUUGAUGCUCAUCUCACGGAGCUCACUGAUGAGCAGUCCAAGUUCAUGGGCUUGAACAAGGCCGGGCCUUUUAAAGCCAAUUACUACAGAUAUUAAUCAGUAUUUAAUGUUUUAUCUUGUUAUUCUCGUUCUGUAAUUUUGAUAUUAUUUAGAAAAUAUAUGAAUAUGAAUAUAAAUUGUUUUCUGUAUAAAAGUUAA